AGGUCGGUGACCCUCGCGCCGAGAUGCUGAACCUUAACUCGACCGAGAGCAACAACAGUGACUCUCUGCGCGACCCGGUGUCGCUCAACGUCGGCGGGGAGCUUUACACCACCACUUUGGACACGCUCACCCGCUGCCGCGAUUCCAUGCUCGGGGCCAUGUUCAGCGGUCAGAUCGCCCCGCUGAGGGACCGGCGGGGGAACGUUUUCAUCGACCGCGAUGGGAAAGUGUUCCGGCACAUUCUCAAUUAUCUGCGCUCCAGCUCCCUGGAUCUGCCCGACGUGUAUUCUGAGCUGCCGCUGUUGCGGCGCGAGGCCGACUUCUUUCAGAUACGCCCCCUGCUGGAGGAGAUCACACGCUGCGAGGCGUCUGCGCCUCUCAGCAUUCGAGGGGGGCCCCUAGGGGCCAUGCUGAUGGUGGAUGUUGACUGCAAGGUGUGUGUGUGUGUGUGUGUGUGUGUGUGUGUGUCACCUGAGCCCAUAUGAAAAGAGUUUGUUUGUGUGUGUGUGUGUUUAACUACAUGGUAGGACCAGUUCUGCUGUUUGUGUACGCUCUCCAGAUGGUCUUGUCAGCGUGUUUUGCCGUCUCAUUGCAGGUGCGU